AGGGUUGCUCUGGGUUUCCUUCGACGAGAGAACGCCCUCUGACCACGUAGAAGAGUGUGUGCCAAAACGAUAAUGCAUCCAGAAGAAGAGAUUGCCAUGCGUGGGCUGCAGUCGUUUCUUCUGGCAAACAAAGAGGCCAUACUAUCUUUGCUUGAGGACAUGGACAGGCCAGGAACUGAAAGAGAAGAUUCAUUGUCACACCGGGAGCCACCGCCCAGAAAAGUCUGUUCCAGUUCGCAUACAUCACAAAGAUCUUUCGUAACAAAAGAAGCCGGGCAUGAAAGGAGGCCACAUCGUGAUUCCGCAGAAGUUGCUGAGACGCAACAUGUUAGCAGUCAUAUAAGAUCGACUACAGUUAAGCGAUCGCGGUCGCGCAGCGACUCGCAAACACCGCCGCACUGUGUCAAACAUCUUCGCCUCAGACGGCAUCGAGAACGCAGCCGAUCAAGAUCGCGGUCUCGUGAGUCUACUAGCAGAUUGGCAAAAUAUCGUGAUGGGAGAGAGGAUCCUCGCCCAUGCAGAUGCAUUGGGAUAUUUGGAAUGAAUACUGAUACUUCGGAACGGGAUUUAGAGAAUAUCUUUCAAGAGUUCGGCGAGAUAGACUAUAUCAAAAUUGUGCGCGACCAUGUGACAGGAAGGAGCCGCGGCUUCGGUUUCGUCUACUAUCUAAGGACUCGAGAUGCCGCAGCGGCUAGAGAGGAGCUGAAGGAUGCCCGGAUUGAUGGGAUGCGCGUUAGAGUUGACUUCUCCGUGACAAGCAGUGCGCCCAGGUUCCAAGGAGUAACUAGGCACCAGAAGAGGAUGGCACUGUCACGACUCACUUAAUAUGAAGGUCUUCGGUCUUACUUCCGUCAGACUUACGGUACUCUUGGUUGACUCUUACACUCAUCACUACUUACGCCAUUUAUAAAUAUGUUGCCAGUGGAGUUUCGUUGAGCAUAUUGAUAUGUAAAGUAUAAUAAGACCC